CAGAAGACAUACUACACAAGGCCAAUAUUGCAUACAACCUGACAAACUGAGGUCUAGGAGAGCAAACCUCUCAUGCUCCCCCUUUGUUCUCUAACAGGACAUAGUGACUGUGGGUGAGGCCCUGGUCCAUGAGAGGAUCAUGGUCCUUCAACUCUGCCUGUGGAUAGUGCUCUUCCUCUCCACAUGGGCUCCAACUAGACAUGCUGAGUACAGUAGCCCUCCAGAAGUAGUGAUAUCCCUGAGGGUCACUGACGCUAACAGACUUAAUACUUCCUCAGGCUGGUUGUCAUAUAGCCUGCAGUUUGGAAGGGACAAACAUAUUAUCACCGUGAAACGCACAAAAUACUUCAUAUCCAGAAACUUCCUUCUGUUCACCUACACUGACCAAGGUGAUCUCCUCGCAGAACAGCCUUUUGUGCAGACUGACUGCUACUACCAUGGUAAUGUAGAUGGAGACCCAGAUUCCAUGGUGAUAAUUAACACCUGUUUGGGGAGUUUACAAGGCAUGUUAGAGAUAAAUGGCACAGCUUAUGAAAUCAUGCCCAAGAAGUCAACUUCCACAUUUGAACACCUUGCUUACAAAAUGGACAGUGAGGACUCUGAAUCAUUUUCUAUGAGAUGUGCGUUAACAGAAGAGGAGAUAGCACGACAAAUGGAGAUUCAAGAAAGCAAAGACUCCACACUUAAGCAAAGUCAAUAUGAGAAUUGGUGGACCCAUCACAAAUAUCUUGAAUAUUAUGUGGUGAUUGAUAACCAACGAUAUGUUUAUAGAGCAAGUAACCUCACAGUUUGUAUGCAGGAAAUGUUGCAAAUAGUCAAUGGAAUCAAUGGUUAUUAUCGUCAGAUAGAUGUUGAGGUGAUUUUAACUGCACUGGAAGUUUGGACUGAAACAAACCAUGUCAAUGUAGUAGAAUCUAUAUCUACAGUCCUAUCUAAUUUCUGUGACUGGAAGACUAGAAACAUUGACAGUCACACUAGAAAUGAUAUUGCACAUCUUUUGGCUGGGCAAGUAUAUCCUCCAUAUUUGGGGCUAGCUUAUGUAGGUACAGUUUGUACACCUCAAAAUUGUGCUGUUCACAGUUUCAUGUCUAAUUCAAUGACAGACAUGGCGUUCAUUAUAGCACAUGAGAUGGGUCACAAUUUGGGUAUGCAUCAUGAUGACCAUGGAUGUACAUGUGGAAGAAGACACUGCAUAAUGGCCCCGCACAAAUCUAAUUCCCCUAAAUUCAGUAACUGCAGUUAUGAGAAGCUAUAUGAAACUAUUACCAGAAAAACCUGUUUAUACAACUUUCCAGAUAAAGUCGUCAGCACAAACCUGACCUGGUGUGGGAAUAAUAUAGUGGAGGAGGGGGAGCAGUGUGACUGUGGGUCCCCUCAAUUAUGUGUAAAUGACCCAUGCUGUAGGCCAGACUGUGCGUUCAAACCUGGUGCUGAAUGUGCUUUUGGGCUUUGUUGCAACGAUUGCAAGUUCAUAUCAACAGGCACAGUGUGUAGAGAAAAGAAAAAUGAGUGUGACCUUCCAGAGUGGUGCAAUGGAACGUCACCUGAAUGUCCAGAAGAUGUGUACAUGGCAGAUGGAAGCCCAUGCAGGGGUGAUGGUCAUUGCUAUAAUAUGGCAUGUCAUAAACGUGAAGAACACUGCUGGAGGCUUUUUGGCAAGACAGCCAAAAGUGCAGAGGAGAUUUGCUACAAGGAAAUGAACACUCGGGGUGACCGUUUUGGUAACUGUGGCAAUGACAGCUACAACUACAGAAGAUGUGCUGAUGCUGAUGUACUCUGUGGACGAAUUCAGUGUGACAAUGUGGAGCAGAUUCCAAAUAGGAGCAGCCAUGAGACAGUGCAUCAGAGUCAGUUCCAUAAUGUCACCUGCUGGAGUAUAGACUUUCAUUUUGGAAUGACAAUAGAGGACAGUGGAGCAGUGAGAGAUGGCACAGCUUGUGGUCAAGGUCAAAUAUGCAUUGACAGGAAGUGUCUGCCUAUGUCUGUUUUGUUAAGUAACUGUUCAGCAUCCCAAUGCAGUAUGAAAGGAGUCUGUAACAAUAAACAUCACUGCCAUUGUGAUGUCAAAUGGGAGCCACCAGACUGUAUGCAAAAAGGUUUUGGAGGUAGUAUAGACAGUGGGCCACCUCCAAGAAUAUAUUUUAAGAAGAAGCCCAAGGGUGUUCAGUUCAUACUAGGUUUUUUUUUUCUUUUUUGGGCUUUGUUAUUUUCCUUGAUUUUCUUAAUUACAAAAUAUGCAAUCACCAUAAAAAGUUGAACUAGAAGAAAACCGUUAUCCAAAUGAACCAGCACUUCUCACUGAAACUUCACCUGAUGAUUCAGCUGAGAAAGAUGACCAAAGUAAAAAGAAAAAGAAAUAAUAAUAAAAUAUCUACUCCAUAGGAAAUCCAUCAUGUAUUAGUUUGUAAACCUCAGAACAUAGAAAUAUCUCUGUGUGUGUAAAAAAAAAAAUCCUACGCCAUAAAUUCUGCAGUCCUCCUUCUUUGAAUAUCAAAACCAUUCACCACCAAAUAAA